UCUGAAUACAAAAAGGCAAAAACCAAGCCCCAACGUUCAACUGCAGAAGAGAGACAACAAGCCCGAAAGCAACAUCUAAAAGAUUAUUGCAGCAAACAUUCGUUUAAAACCAAUCCAAGCCCCAAGGAAAUCCACAUUGCCGUCGAUGAUGAGCUGAAGUUCCUUUAUUGUAUAGUCCCAAAGGUCGCAUCAUCGACGUGGAAGACAGUUUUUGCUGCCACACGCAAACUUCGAAGACAAAUCAGCCGUUGGCAAAUGUGGAAACUGCUCGCUGAAUACAGCGAAGAAGAAAUAACUCUGCGCCUGAACACAUACUUUAAGUUUAUUUUCGUGCGGGAGCCAUUGCAACGCUUGCUUUCAGCAUACAAAAAUAAGUUUAUACAAUUACCAGGGUAUUCCGCAAAAAUUCGUCAAGUCAUAAUCCAAGAUCUUCGGCCGCUCGAUUUUGAUCCAAAUGGGGAAAAUUACAUUAGUUUUGCGGAAUUUAUUCAGUAUUUUUCCAAUAAUAUAUCGCGAAAUCAACACUGGCGCCAAUUUGAGGAUCUUUGCCAUCCUUGCGUCAUCGACUAUGAUUUCAUUGGUCACUUAGAGACAUUGGAAGACGAUGCUCCUCUUUUGCUAAAAAAGGCGGGAAUUGACGACCGCGCCACUUUCCCGCCAAUUCACAAAGCAACAGGUGAAUCAGAAGUGUUGAAGUACUAUUCCCAAAUCCCGCGUUCGUACAUCAGUAAGUUAGGAGAACUAUACCGCAGUGACUUUGAGAUGUUUGGUUAUGAAUAUCUCGGACCAAUAAAAUCUUAUCUGAAUCAGUCUACCCAAGGCGUGAAGACGAAAGGGAACGUAUAGCAAAGUAUAUCUGCUCACAGGCAUCCCAAGCUCACGUCUCGAGAAAACGCAAGCGAUUAAUUUAUGAAAGCGUUACGCGUUGUGUGACGCAGUGUUAAGUGAAGCGAGGAACCGUUGAAAAUCUGACCGCGUGAGAUAAAAAACUUACUAACUGCUUUUUUUAUUUAUUUCACGUGUACAAUGUUCAUAUUUCGAAAUAUUUAUCGUUGUAAAUCGACCAUAUUUCGUUUGCCAUACUAUUUUUAAUUAUAACGCGUAACUUAACGCCGCGUCACACAACGCGAAACGCUUUCAUGAAUUAAUCGUAUGCUUUUUCUCGACACGAGAGCUUGGGAUGCCUGUGAUCCGCUGAGCCACUCCACGUGCAUCCUUUUUUGAAGCAAUCAACUAUUCUUAAAAAUCUCCUAGCAUCCUAUCACAAAUACUGCACUCUGAGUUGCUACGCUACUCACUCUCUCUACCACAACAGAAAGUGAGUAAAGUGAACGGUCUAACAAUGUGACGGCAGAUGUGAACAAAAUAAAAUAAAAACAUUUGCUUGUCUCGUUGUGCCGAAAGCUCAUUUCGACGUUCUCGAAAAAUAUAAACGGGUGAAAUAUGGAUGCUUUGAGGGGUAAAAAGAAAACUGAGCAAAAGUCUGGUGCCGAAAUAAGAGCACAAGAACGAGGGUAAACGCGACGUCGCAUUCUCAAAGAAAACUAGGCGAUUCUGCCGGAGACCAUCAUAUAAAAGCUGUAGAAAAUUAUCACUACCUAACUAACAUGCAGUAAAACGGCCUGAUUUUCUAUAACCGUUUCUUUCAAUUUUCUUUCUUUCUUUUGUUUAGUUUUUCCUCUUCUUUUAAUUAAGGAUUUAAUAAUUCAAUAGCUCUCAUUUUGUUUUCAAAAAUAAUUAGCAAUCUCUUAUUUCUUUACGUCAAGAACAUAAUAAAACAGCUAAUUACAAAAACGUUUCGAUGACAACCGUGAUUCAUCUAAAACAUGACAGAAGUAAUUAACGAACACUACUUUAGAUUGAGACGUCAAGACGGCCGUAAACACACAAAUAAUUGACUGAAAUAUUUUGUAAUCACGGGAAAAACAUAGAUUUGGCUCAACAUCAAAGGAAAAUUAACGUACUUUCGUCCAAAUUUGUAUCGGGUUUUGAGUGUAAAAAUUACUUAAAUGAUCAUUUGUUGACAAAAUCAAAAGUCACCGAAUCGUAUUUCUGAAUUUCCCUACAAAGAAAAUUGUCAGAGUCUGCUAGAGUAUAUAUGCGUUUGCCAUUCACGGAGUCCGGAUAUGUUAGUAUGCGCUGUCCACCAUUACGUACAUAAUUUUACAUGUAUUAAAGCCAUCUGCCUGUUUUGUUUAGAAUUAAACCGGGAAAAACUUGAAAAAAUAACUAAAUAAACAAAAAAAUGAACAAAACAAGGCACAACGAAUUUUUAUCAGCCGGUAGAAAAAAUCAAACAAGCAAAACAAUUACCUUUGCAGGCGCGCUGUAAUGUUAGCAAUUGUAGAAAAGACGCCUGAUAAGAUUAAGGCUGUUACUGGAUUCGAACCUUCCUCCCAAAUACAGGCGCAACCACCGACCGACCGACCGAGCUAUGAAGCUACUCGUUGGGAACGAGACACACUUGAGACGGUUCCUCUCUACCGUAGAGAAAGCUGAUUAUGAAUUUUUUUUUCUUUUUUGUAACUAUUAUACUUUUCUGAAUUUGAAAACAAAUAUAUUGAAUUAAUCAAAUAAAAGUGAGAAACGAUUCGAUAGACACUAGUGUAAAGCAUUUUGGGUUGAUGGCUUUUACGGAUAACAGUUAAAAUGUUGGCCAUUUUACGGCUAACGGGUAAUAUCUUUGAAUUGCUGAAACCAGAACUUUUUUAUGCUUAACCUUUUUUACGACUAUCGGGUAAAAUUUGUCAAUUUUUACGCCUAACGCUUAAAAUUUUUCGGCCAUUUUACGGCUAACGGAUAAUAUUUUUGAAUUGCCGUCACCAAAACGUUUUUUAACGGUUAACUUUUUUUAAGACGAACGGUUAAAAUUUGUCAAUUUUUACGCCUAACGGCGGAAUGUUUUUGCCGUUUACGACCAUCGGUUAAGAAGUGUCAAAGUAAGCGCUAUGGAAACUGUAUAAUCACACUUGAACAAAAGCUACAAAAAGCCGAAAAAAAAGAAGAAAUCCCUGAAGUUAAUAUGCCAGAUGAACAUAACAAUAGCCUUAAUUAACAAAAAAGAAAUCACAAGGUGUUUCGCCUUUUCAGAACCUUGAUCUCACCUAACUGUGAACGACCAAAUCGUGCUAAGCAUCGAUCAAAAAGGUUUUGAUCCUCGACCUUAGUGGUUAGUCAAGAUGUCGCUGCACAAAGCUGUUUGGGUGACAUUAUGUUUGUUAAUGCUCCUCAUUUUAUCUUCGUUGUGUUAUUUUGGAACUUGGAAGAUUACAAUCGGUGGACUUGCAGAUGAUUUCGGUAAGACUCCUUUCUUAAUUGGUAACUAGUAACACUUCCUCGACAAAAAUGGUAACCACAAUUUCUUCGUGAACUGUAUAAGUCAUGCUUAAACGCAAUGGAAAAAGAGUUACAACUUUACUAGCAAAGGUAUAUAAUCCGUAUCUCUGCUCAACUAUAUCAGUGUAAUUAAUUCUUUGCCACAACCCAUCAAUCAAGGUGAGUCCUUGAAAAUUUUUAAGCAUCGAGUUAAAAACUACAAGUUUUCGUAACCUCCAUUUUUUAAAAAAAAUUUUCACUUGGAACUCGUGUAAUUUAAGGAAUAAAUUUGUAGUUUUUAUAUCUAAUUUGUACUCUUUACGACAGUAUUGUGAGUUUCAACUUCAGGGCUCUUCUAGAUACCAGACUCGAGGCUGAAUGGGCUACUCUAAAGCAAAGUUUAUCAUUCUAUCUUUGUAUAUAUCUGUGUAUCUAUUUUUUCCUUAAAAUAUCACCUCUGAACCACGCAUUAAGGUCACAACAAUAAAGGAAAUGAUCAUAAAACUAAACAAGCUCUUGACUGAUACACAAAUUCUUCUUGUCGACACCUUAGGAAACGCACAGAACGGUAUGGAGAAUAUGCAUACUGAUAUUAGGAUGUACAGAGUUAACCGAGCUGCAUACAACAUUACAUAGUGUCAGAAGCGGUCUAAAAAGACAACGCCCACGGACUUAAAAAAUGAUUUGUCAUAAAGAAUUUCCUUUUAUUACAUUUUAUCGUUAUUUACCUCUUAGAUAUGAGUAUAUCAUCGCAUGGGUUUUGACACAGGAAACUUAAAAGCGGGAUUCCGCCUAGUGAACUCAUGGUUGUUUAAAGACAUAAUCUGAUUUUUUUGCUGUAAAAUAUUACCAUUCAUCGAUACUUAACCGAUUCAAAAACUGAACUUCAAAAGCAUAAAUUAAGCAAAGAAAAGAUAAUAUUUCCGGGCUUUAACUCCAUACGAACACAAUAAGCAACUGUGAGUGAUUAAAGUUGCCAAGGAAAUAAACGCAAACCGCAAACAUGUUCGUUCUAAUUCACAAAAGCACUGUCAUACGCGUGAUAUCAACCGGUUUGAUAUAGAGGUCAGAAACGCCGCUCUUCACAAUUAAAACCUUUCUCAGUUCCGACUUCGCGAGAAAUACUCCAUGUAUCUGGCAAAAGGAGAAAUUCUUGAGACAAGACAAAAAAAAUUUAGUUUGGAGUGUAUAUGCUCUGGGACACCACAUUAACAUUUCGUAAGGAAAAAGACAGCUACUGAUUGUACCAACAAAGUGUUAAGUGACGAUUAGUUUAUUUGUGACAAGUUUUCUAUAUUCAUGUUAGAAGAGUUUGCUCAAGAUAUCUGGUCCCUGAAAGCUACUCUAUAUUAGAACAGAACGUCAAAGUAAAAAAUCAUUAAUAAUAAUAAUAAUAAUAAUAAUAAUAAUAAUAAUAAUAACAAGUAUCGAGAAAGGUGUCGAAACCUCUUGACUUCCUCCUUCAAAAAUGGUGUUUGCACAAAAAUCCACUGACUAAACUUAUCUUUGCCUAUUGUAGAAAUUUUGCAAAGACAGGCCACAAGAAAGAAACAUUUGAAUAACUUUUGUCAAACACAUUCAUACAAGAUCCCAGUUGCUGAUGACUUAAAGUUUAUCCUAGUAGACGAUAAAAACAAGUUUAUGUACUGCACGAUUCCAAAGGUUGGUACUACAACAUGGAAAAACGUGUUCGGUAAUCUUCGACGCUUGAAAGAAAACUCCUUUGAAAACAUUCACCAAUGGGACCUCUGGCAUCGAUUGAGUGCGUACUCGGAGAAAGGAAGGCGAAAGAGAAUUAACACUUAUUUUAAAUUCGUCUUCGUUCGCGAACCUUUUAUUCGCUUGAUCUCUGCCUUUAAAGACAAAUUUCUUGGUCUGGACAAAUGGUACACGAGCAGGGAAGCUCGUGAAGGCAUUACAAAAGCUUAUCGACCGCAAGAUUUUGACCCAAAUGGAGACAACAACGUCACCUUUGCAGAAUUCGUUCAAUAUUUUUCCAAUAAUGUUUCGCGCAAUGCACACUGGCGAGAAUACGAAAAAUUGUGCCAUCCGUGUUUUAUCAACUACGACUUCAUUGGUCAUUUAGAAACUAUGCAUGAGGACGCUCCCCUUGCCUUAAAAUUGGCGGGAAUUGACUCCCGCGUCACUUUCCCGCCAAUUCACGAAUCAACCUAUAACUGCGAGGUGCUGGAGUAUUUUUCCAAGGUCCCCCCAAAAUACAUCACGCGAUUAGGCGAAGUGUAUCGCAGAGACUUUGAUAUGUUUGGGUAUGAUUAUCUAAGUCACGUGAGACCGCUUCUAAUUGGUAACGAAAACAGAUCGAGCACUCAAUCAUAG